AUGUUACGCUUAGGCCGUGUGAAUCGUGACUUAUGUCCAGUUGAAAUACCUGAAAAUCAAGAAGAUGUUGUUUGUCUUAUUUGGCUUGAUUCUAAUAUGAACAAUUCCAAAGAUUAUUUCGUCAUGCAAGAAACUUUACUCGAAUUAAAUCCAGACGUUCGACUCUGCACAGAAGUGAAUCAAUGUAUUGAUUUGAUCAAGACACUGAUUCAUAAACGUAUAGUAAUUAUCGUAUGCGGAGAUUUAUCAUAUGAAAUUGUGCCAGACAUUCAUAUGUUUCGUUCAAUAGUAGCUAUUCAUAUCUUUUGCAUCGAUCGAAAACUUCAUGAACCAUUGCUGGAUAAAUAUGAGAAAAUCGUGGAAAUUUUUACCGAUCGACAAUCUUUACUCGAAUCAAUUUCUGAGACUAUAUCUUUUAUUGAAAAGCAAAUUUAUGCUUUCAAUCUGUUUGGUCAAAAACAAAAAUCCGUACGAGAUCCACCGAGAGGAUCAGCAUCGUUUCUUUGGCAUCACUUACUUAUAUAUGUACUUCGACAAUUACCUCAAGAUGAACAAUCAAAAAAAGACAUGCUCGAUAAAUGUAUCGAUUACUAUCGAGAUAAUAAACGUGAAUUAAAAAAGAUUCAACAAUUUCAUCAAAUGUAUACAUCUGAUAAGGCCAUACAGUGGUAUACACGCGAUUGUUUUCUCUAUCGUCUAUUAAACAGAGCUCUUCGAACAGAAGAUAUCGAUUUACUUUAUUCAUUUCGAUUUUUUAUUAUCGAUCUUUGUAAUCAACUCGAAAAUAAUGAUUGUAAAAGAAAAUCAAAUAAGACUAUUUCAACAUUGUAUCGUGGUCAACGUAUUUCUAAANCAACAUCAUGUUUUAUUCGUACAAUAGCUGAGAAAAGCUACGAGCUUAUCGUGUGA